AUAACAAAGCGAAGGAAUUUACCCACUGGAACCAGUUUGGAUAGGUUUCUGACUGGAUAAAGGAUUCAAAGACUUUUGGGUUUCCUCGGUUCAAGAUCCAGAUGUCAACGCUGUGGGGGGAAAUUAAGCCAUACUCUCUGACAUAGCGGUUGGCAAGAUAAAUACGCACCGGUGCGGACACGAAAGGAGUACGCGGGGAAGACUUUCUGGUCGUGACAUACUGUACGCCAGAUACAUCUAAACUUAUAGCAACAAUUGAGAGCUUAAAAUAGUACGUUAGACAGAUCGAGGCAUCUGCAUACAUCAAAUUAACAUGACGGAUAUAUGACUCAAUAUAUGUCAGUGGGACUAUAUUGAGCCCGCGAUUUAGAAUAAUCCAGCGUAUUAGGAAGAUGUGAAUGACUCUGUAUUUUAUCUUACAUUAUCUUGUCAACGAGCAUUUUCUUAUGUUAUUACAUGUUAAACUUGGACUGGAAAAGCUUCACAGAAAGCGACGCCACGACAGUGGCUUUAACGAUUUCGAGCGACCUCUUAAAAUUUGUGUCAUUGGACAGGCACAACAGACUUGAAAGGGCAUAUUAGGCGAGCUUAUUCGUUUUUGAGACAUGCUAAAAGGCCGAGGGAAAGCUUUGAUGUUGUGGGUUGUCUUAAUAACGCCUUUUUGGGGACUUAUCAAAGGGUUCCCCACAAAACAACAUAUGAACAGCACCCCGCAACUCAGAACCAGAGUAUUUUUGGAGCAGGCACAAUCAAGAACACCUUCCAGGGGUGCCCACCAUGGGGCGGAGGUCUUUCAGGAGCACAACCACGUGCAGAGUGCAUGGUCUACUCUGCGCCGCCACAAAAGGAGGUGGCGCCACCAGCAGUCUUUGGGAUUUCUGCCAAAACCAGAGCCUGAAGAGGUGGCACGUCCCUUCGUACUAGACCGACUUCCAGAUCUCACAGGCCUCGAACUCAAUGCACAAAACCCCAACAUUCAGGUGACCAUUGAGGUUGUGGAUCAGCCCCGGACAGAGAACGAGAUGGAGCCAGCCAAAGGUCGUGGGGACCAGCCCCUGUCCCCUGAGACCUGGCUGGGCAACCGGAAGCUGUUCUGGCCCCUGUUCUGGGGGUACUCUGACUCAGAAGAGGACGGGACAGGACGCGUAAGCGUGGAGGACUCGGCCGAGGACUAUGCGCUGGAGUAUGAUGAUGAAGAGUCGGCCUUGAGUGGGGUGGGAGGAGACUGGGACAGGCAGUGGAGCAAGGGGUGGGACACCAAAGGCACUUACGAGGAGAACAAGGAGGAGUGGAGUGCCUGGUCACCAUGCAGCGUCUCCUGUGGUCAAGGUGACCAAAAGCGCACCCGUUCAUGUGGCUACUCCUGCACGGCGACAGAGACCAGGACCUGUGAUGUCCAGCAGUGUCCAGAUGAAAGCAAUGCGGUAACUGAACUAAUCCCCUAUGAGACAGAGAAUGGCACAGAGAUUUUCAACGCAGAGGUGGACAGCUGUGAAAAGUGGCUUAACUGCAAGAGCGAUUUCCUGCAGCGGUACCUCCAGCAGGUACUGACGGAGCUACCUAGCUGCCCCUGUACCUUCCCCUCGGAGGUGGCCUACGGCAUGGUGGACAUCUUCGAUGAGCCUCUGAGAAAGCAGUACCGCUGGACCGAUGCCAGCUCCCAGAAGGAGAGGCUGGAUGUGUACAGGCCCACGGCCCGUUUCUGCGCCCGCUCCUUGCUGGCGGCCGACAGUGGCACGCUGGCGGCCCAGCAAUGUUGCUACGAUGACCGCAUGCGGCUCAUCACACGGGGGAAGGGAGCCGGCACGCCCGACUUCAUCAGCACUGAGUUCUCCCCCGAGCUGCACUUCAAGGUAGACGUCCUGCCCUGGAUCCUGUGCAAAGGGGACUGGACCAGAUUCCAUGUGGCACGGCCGCCCAACAACGGUCUGCACUGCACUGAGAACCCCCACCAGGACAUCUUCAUGAAUGAGCUGGAGGAAGCCCGGGAGUACUGAGCCCUCCCAAACUCCAACCCAAAAUCGGACCCGGAAACCAGAACUGGAACCCAAGACCUCCCACGUCUGGAGUCCCACCACGGCAAAUGUUGGACAGGACCAGAGAACAAAUACACAUUAACACGCUCGCACACACACAAAUGCCCACACACACACACACACACACACAUACACACAUAAAGACUCACACACAGCAUAAAUCUAUCCAAAUUCUUACUGACCUCCACAUCAUCCAGCAUAAGAGCAGAGCUAUUGCUGUUGUCUGUGUAAUAUAUAAGUGCUGUAUCUUGCUGUGUUUGUAUUUGAGUGCUUUUGUGGUGGACAGUAGCAACUUCUAUAUCUUCCUUGAAUUCACAGUCAUCAAAUUUUUAACAGAAUGUUUGCUUCAUCAUCCCACACCCACUCCAGUCCAAGCAGGGACCAUUCCAGGCAGGCUGGUUUUGAAAUGAGGUGUGAUCCAUGUCAAGCCAUAAAAUUUAAAAACAGUGUAUGGGUAACUCAAGAACCAACUGAGAUUCUGCUGAGAUGAUUCUCAAGUAGUGAAACUUGUUUUAGUGUAAUGGCAUAUUAAAUCAACACUGAAGUAGUUCUGACGAACUCUGGGGCUGACUCUCACUUCAACACAGACUGAAAUAACUCCCAACACUAAAAACUGAAAUAGUUUAAAAUAUUAUCUCUGAGAAUGGAGUGAGCUGUCAUUGUGCAGGGAAAGGGUAAUAUUUUUCUCCCCACAUGACCGUAUCUCUGAUGAUUUCUUUGGCAGGUGUUCUAAAAAGCUUUUAUUUUGAAACUAUUUCCCCCAUGUUGCCAUGUCUCCAGAGAGCAGCUUAAACUGCCUCUCUUCAGUGGGUGGUGCCAUAUCUGUCCUCCAGAACUGCAAGAGAGAAAAAACUUCAAAAGCUUCAGGGGCUUAGUGACAUCUGUUCAAUAUUGUACUGGUUUAUUUUGUCUUUUGUUUUUGGUUGGUUUAAGACAUUCCAGUGGCUGAUGUCUUUGUGUAUUUUUAAGUUGAUGUGUGCACCUGGAGGUGGACAUGUAUUCUGGCCUGUGAUCCAAGUUGUGGAGGAAUGGUGUUAGUAUUGAUUUAUGCAGUCAACCGCCUAUGCAAGUCAAUGGUGGACCACUUUUGAGAUAUUAUGGCAACAGAUAAUCAACAGAUAAUAAAACAAGGAGACAACAUGGCUUGCUUUUUUAAAUAAGUAUUCCAUGAACAUUAAGGGAUGUUUGAAAAUGAAACUGUAAGUGGUUUAAGUAUACAAUGUUCCUGGUGCUUUUUCUUUAGCAAAAUAUUUAACUGUAAAUAACUGAUGAAUAGUCAACUUCUUGUUCCUCCACUCUUAAAAAGUUUGCUUUGCCUCGGUCUGGCAAAACACGGCCUCUACAUUGCUGGGUUUUACACUGAAAGUUUACGUCACAAAUGUCUUUUCAGGAAAACUAUUUAAAAAUAUGUGCUAUGACAUCUCACAUUUUGAAAAUCACGUGUUUAUGAAAGGCACUUUAUACAUGUGAAUAUACAAUAUAUAAAUAUGCAUUGUACCAACAUUUUGUAAUUUCUGUUUGUGUCUUCAUUGUAAAGGGGUUACUUUAAAGAAAUGCUAAAAUGAAGUAUGAUUUAGCAUGAUCUUUUGUGAUAUUGUGUAAAAACUGGCUCUAGAUAUUUUAUUGUACAGUAUUUAUUGUCCAAGAUCAGUAUGUAUUGCUUGUUACUGAAGCUUUUGAAAUAAAUGUAUAAACUCAUCAGUAUUAUGGACAGUGCCAUUUUAAAUCCCAUAAUCGCAUCUUUCUGCGAAGAGGAAUCAAUUGUCUGUGCACCA